AUGACUUCAAUGCACCGCAGAAAGUCUAGUAAAGAGGAGGACGACAAUGUGGUCAUUCUACCGAAUGGAGAUGCGAUUGAGAUUGAGGUAGACAUUGGGAAGGAGAUGAACGGUACGGCGGACAGCCACGAACACAGCGAGCGCAUCCCCAUCCCUCGCCCACGAGUACCGUCAACACCGACCUCGAAUGGUGUCUCGGUAUCCCCACCCUCUGCCGGUUCAUACCGCAACAGCUUUCACGGCGGAACUAACGGUGCCAGCUACCCCGCGUCAGCAUCUCCAUUCCGUACCUCAUUCUCUGCACCGUCACAUCUGCACCUCAACUCUCCCUCGCACGCACGCGCCCGUUCUGUCUCUGGUGGUUCGUUUUUACCCCCAUCACCUUCUCCGCUUUCGUCCUCGUUCCCCUCGUACUCGACAGACGGUUCGACACCCCCACCACCGCUCCCUAAAUCAGCCACAGCGGCCAACUUCCCUCGUUCAGUGCACGGUCAUUCCCGCAGCUCGAGCAACUCACCCUUACCCCCUUCCGCCACCGCACCCCAACUUUCCAACGGAAGUUCCCCACAUACCCAUGGGCGGAAUGGCUCACUCUCACAAAACCCUCUGGAAUCUCCUCUCUCACUCCCACCUUCUUCCUCCGCACCAUCGCCCUCCAACCGGAGACACUCCCGCCUUCACUCCCGUAAUUUAUCGAUAUUCUUUCCUCGCCCUGGCUCCCUUCCCCAAACCUCCAUUGCAGAAGACGGUGCCCAGGAGGUCGAGUUUAAUGCAGAUUAUCAGGACGCCUCACUCCCCAGCAGUCUUCCCAUGCCAAGUGCAUCACCCAACGUCGCGCGGCACAAACUCGGAGAAGGGUUCACCUUCGGAGGCCGCCCUCCACCCGACGCCCUUCCCUCAACACCUUCGUAUUCUUCCAAUGGAUCCGCGGGCCCCAGCGGUCCCCGCGCCUCGAGACGAGGCCAUCAUCACAAACAUUCAUUGUCCCAUAAUUUCUUUUCUUUUCUCGAACCGGGUGCCGAGCAGCAGCUGCAGAGUCAGCCUACGCCUAUGCCCGUCUCGCCAUGGACGCCUUCCGCUUCACAGUCUUCCGUGGCUAUUUCUGCUUCUUCUUCGUUCAACACAAACACAAAUACAAAACUUCCGUCUCCUUCGACUUCAAGUACUUCGCUUUCGGACUCGAGGUCCGGAUUGCCCGUGGCGCAAAGUGGUGGGAUCAGGACCGAGGCGGCGAUAGCCUCGAUAGGGUCUUUUGCUCUCGGGGCGUGGAUAUGGGUCGCUGGGCAACAAGUUGGGGCGCUUUCGUGUACGGGCCUGGGUUAUUGGGUCGUGUUCGACUCGUUCGGAGUCGCUGUGGGUAGGGUGUUGCCUGCGUACCUGAGCAAAUCAUCCAGCCAGUCACCGUUGAGGAGACCAUACGGGAACGCGAGACUGGAGACGGUCUUGAUAUUUUCGCAGGCUGUGUAUCUCAUGUUUUCGGCGGUGUACGUGUUCAAGGAGACGGUGGAGCAUGUGUUGCUGUCUUCGGGUGGCGGAGAGGGUCAUCACCACCACCCAGGUGACGAGGACGUCGAGCUCUAUGGGAUCGACUUCCCGGUUAUUCUGACGUUCGUCGCUUUCAUCUGCAUGCUCGCGAACGGUGUCCUCUUCGGAACACACCGAAAACUAGUCAACAUCACAGGCAACCAUCUACCCUCCCUCCAAUCCAUCCUGAACCCCACCCGAUCAAAAUACGCCACAUAUCACCACACAGACCCUCCAUCACACCUCACGCGAACGCUCUCGAACCCAUAUUCGCUCGCGCCUAUCCUUACAGCUUUAUUCGUCUUCUUGGUCCCGAAUCUUGUUUCGCCAACACAACACAGGGCAUUCGACCUGCUACUGGCCACAGUAGAGGCGGCCACGAUGUUCAAGCUUGCGUAUCCGGCUUGUGUGGCGCUCGGUGCGGUUCUAUUGCAGAUCUCGCCGCAGAGAGGGAUUCCGGGAAAUAGGAUGGAGAGUUUCUUACGUGGGAUGCGCGAGAUCGAACGCCACCCUCAAGUCCUACAUCUCCCGCCACCCCACAUCUGGCAACUCACCCCCGCCGAACAAGAUCCUCUCGCACAUGGCACGGGCGCGCCAGCUUCACAAUCGCUCGUCGUUACACUAGAGCUCAGAGUGGCGAAGGAGCUGGACGAUCGGGAGGUGGUGAAGUUGACGAGGUGGGCUUGGGAGCGAACUGUUAUUUCAUUGGGGAUGAAUCCUGAGAGAGACGGGGGUUUGGGUGAGGGUGAGGGGCUGGGAGUCACUGUUGGUGUUGUUAGGGCUUGA